AUGCCGCAGUCCAUGAAGGAGACGUUAGCACAGUGCUUCCCUGCUUUCAAGUACAUUUACACAAAGGAAAUGAAUGGGACUGACCCAAUAGAGAUGACGCCCAUGCUCAGCACCUUCCAGACUCCGGAGCUAGCCAUUCUUAACACCCUCUCGAUGUCGCUCGGAGACUUCAAUUUUGUGGAUACCAUCAUUGGACCACUCACCGACGACAAUCGUCUCACAAUGCAUUUUCCCGAGGUCACUCUCAUCAUGUUUGUCAUUUUUCUCCUCUUCGCGCCAAUGACCCUGACCAACCUUCUCGUAAGUCAGCAUAUUACGGCUAUGAGUCCCUCAAGUGUAAAAUAG